CAUCAGUCGUGUUUGAAGAGAAACCAACACAUAAUGUACGGAAAACUGUUUAUCCUCUUCGCCUUGGCCGCAGUAGCCCUUGCCAAGGAGUACCCUCCUGGCGUCCACCCCGCCGUGUGCCCCAACUACCCCAUCUGCGACGCCAGAGCGCUCAUCACCCACACCCUCGACGGGCACCCCAUCCCUGAGUGGUACUACAACCCUGGUGUUUUACCUGUGGCGCCCUUUGAUCCCAAAAACCCCACUGCCCCGCGCUACCCCGCCGGCUUCAACCCUACUAUAUACUAUUACGCCUGAUUGGUUGCUCCCUAUAUUAUUGAUAAUUUGCACGCGACAUUGUAUUACAUAUGUAAAUAAAUUGAAUUUUGUAUACCAAA